GAUAUUUACGUAUUAUCUUGCGCGCUACUAAACAUUAGAGAUCGCUCUCUUGGGCGUGUUUUCUUUCUUUCUUUCUUUUUUUGAACGAAGGGUGCUUUCUUUUGACCUCAGCUUGAGCUAAAGCAGAUUGCUCCUUUGACCCCUUCAGCUCACACGGUGGGAAAUGAAGCUCCAUUCGUCUUUCCAGCCAAUCGUUUGCAACAUGUGUCGACUAGUUGAGGCUACCUGGUCAGAUUGAAGCCUAAUAAAAGCAGAAGCAGCAGUAGACAUCUAGUUUAAAGAUGAGAACCACUGCUCUCCCGUCUAUGUCAGCACAGUUGACGUUCUUCUCAAACCAGAGGCCAGCAGCUUAAGAGCUCUGCCAUUCCCGUCGUUGCAGCGCCCAAUCUUUCUUCCAUUUUCCUUUUGCGAAUGUCCAGCCAUGUCAGGUCCGGAUGACUCUGCCUCAGCUCCUCCUCAAGGAUGCUGCUGCGCCUGUGCCUCUGUGCUGUGGAAGAUAGUGAAGGUCAUUUUACAUGUAGUGACUCUGCUCACCGUAUUCGUUCUGAUCUUUCCUGGUAUUGUUAGUGGCUUCGGUGCACAGAUCGCUGUGCAGUCAGUGUCCUACGCUGUCCUUGCUUGCUUAUACAUUGGCACCUCGUCCGAUCAGGCGGAGAGGAUCAUUUGCGGUGUGUUUCUUGGCGUCCUUGCUGUAGUGAUCGUCGCGGCAGCUCCCAGUGUGAAGGGCAAGAGAGGAGCUCCCGUAACUGUCAUGCGCGCCUGCAACCUCGUGGCGCUCUUCGUGUACUGCAUCUGGAAGAUUUGUAAACUGGUGCAGGCUUGUCUCCGGCGCCUCCGUGUUCAUGGCAAAGUUCCGGCUGCUGAUCCGGAGGCGCCACUUGCGAAGGUGAAGAAACCGGAAGCAGCCUGUACUGCUCCCGUGCGGCAGACCACGUUCCACAUCGACGACCUGCCGCGAAAGUUCUCGUACGACGAGAUCCGGGCCGUGACCGGGGACUUCGGGACCAUGGUGGGGCGCGGCGGCUCCGCCGAAGUCUUCCGGGGCCUCCUCGACGACGGCACGGCGGUCGCCGUCAAGCGGAUCACCAGCUACAAGCCCGUCGGCGAGGAAGACUUCCUGAGGGAGAUCUCCAUCGUGGCGAACGUGCACCAGCGCAGCCUGGUGCGCCUCCUGGGGUACUGCCUGCUGCAAGGGAGGCCGGGCGACACCCACGGCCAGUACCUGGUCUACCCGUUCUUCGAGAACGGGUCGCUGGACUGGUGGCUGUUCAACGGCGAGGAGCGGCGGCGCCUCCUGCCGUGGCCGACGCGGCGCCGCAUCGCCGUCGACGUCGCCAGGGCGCUCGCGUACCUCCACCACGAGUGCCGCCGGCAGAUCCUGCACCUCGACAUCAAGCCGGCCAACAUCCUCCUCGACGGCAGCUUCCUGGCGCACGUGUCGGACUUCGGCAUCUCCAUGUCCAUCGCCCAGGACCUGACCAGCGUCGACACCUGCGGGAGGGGAACGCCCGGGUACAUGGCGCCGGAGAUAUGGUUCAGCUCGCUGUCCACCAAGUCCGACGUGUACAGCUACGGCAUGACGGUCCUCGAGCUCGUCGGCGGGCGCAGGGGCUACCAGGCCAGCAGGGACUCGUCCGAGACGCCGGACUUCUUGGCGCGCGUCGUACGGGAGAAGAUGGCGCGAGGCGAGCUCAAGGACGUGGUGGACGCGGCCAUGGCGCCCGUGGACGAGCGGGAGGUGGAGGCGGUGCUGAAGGUGGCGCUCUGCUGCGUCCAGCACCAGCGGGAGCUGAGGCCCAGCAUGGUAACGGUUGUGGACAUGCUCGAAGGGCGUGUCACCGCCGAUCUGCCGCCGUAGAGCCGUCCGUCGCCCAUCGUGAAUUUUACGUAGCCUCUUUCCGCGCCAGCCACGCAAAACGGCGGCAGUGAUGAUAAUGCCUCUUCAUUUCAAUAGUUUGUAUUUCAAAGUUUCACUUCAAAUGGAGUUCUUUUAACACAAAAA